AUGGAUCCUCAAACAGAUAUAGACGCAUGGGCACAAAGUGCUUAUAGAGCUUUAGACACAGACGGAAAAGGAUUUUUACUCAGACAUGAAAUCCUUGAGCCAAUCUAUGAGUAAGGAGUCCAAAAUCAUCACACUCUUGACAAUCUCAUUAAAGUUCUUUCUUAGAAAAAAGAGUAGGAACCAAUACAGUUUAAGGAAUUCGCGAAGCUAACACAUGGGUUAAUAUUUUUGAAAAGAGUUUACAUCUGGGAUUUGACAAUUCCACAUUUUGAUAGCUUUAGAAAGAAAUUAGAGAGAUCAUUUAAGGAGAUUAAAAGUGACGUCAAUAAUGAAUAUUCCUGGGGAGAAAUUGCAACAUACAUUCCUCCUCUUGCAAAGGCUGACCCGAAUUGGUUUUCCACUAGCUUUUGCUCGACUGAUGGUCAACUUUGCAAAUUCGGAGAUCAAGAGAAGUUUUUCUCCAUACAAUCAAUUGGAAAAGUCGUGACUUAUGCUUUUCUUCAUAAUAUGAUUGGAGAUGAAGUUCACAAGUGGGUAGGGGAGGAACCAAGUGGAGUAGCGUUUAAUGCACCUAUUUUUGAUAAACUAGGUAGACCUCAUAAUCCAAUGGUAAAUGCUGGAGCUAUUAUGGUUUGCUCAUUAAUCAUUUACUAAAACAAGUCCCUUGAGGAUAUAAUUGAUUUUUUUCAAAGGGCGAGUGACACUCCAAGAGCUAAGAUUGAUAGCUAAUUAUACUUGGAGGAGAAACUUACAGGUUAUAAUAAUCAUGCACUAGCUUCUCUAAUGCUAGCAAAUAAAGCUUUCCCAUAACAAACAAAUGCAGAGGAAACAAAACGAUUCUCAGAUUCUGCACUCGAUCUUUACUUCAUGAACUGUAGUUUGAUGGUUAACGUAGAACAACUGGCCAGAUUUGGUGCUAUGCUUGCUAAUAACGGCAUUAAUCCUACUACUGGCGAAAGAAUACUAAGUCCUAAAACUGUUUAGGCUGUUGUAACACUAAUGACUACUUGUGGCAUGUAUAAUGGAGCAGGAAAAUUUACUAAGGAUCUAGGAGUGCCUUCUAAAAGUGGAGUUUCUGGUGGCUUACUAACUGUUAUUCCAGGUAUCGGAGCUUUUUGUACAUGGUCUCCACCUUUAAAUGAAGAGGGUAACCCAGUCAGAGGGAUAGCAAUGAUAUACAAACUAAAUAGUAUUUACAGCAAUUUUAAUCUAUUUCACAAGGAUAUGCAGAAGUUAGAUGUAACGAGAAAACCAUUUUAAACAAAGAUUCACAAUACUCAAGCAGCAAUUCAAACUGCAGCAGAAGGAGAUAUUGAAGGUCUUAUUAGACUUCAUAACUCUAAUGUAUCAUUAGAUGAAGGAGAUUACGAUCAGAGAACUCCUUUACACUUGGCAUCAGCAUCAGGCCAAAUAGAAGCAGUAAAAUACCUGAUAUCAUUGAAAGUGAGAAUCAAUCCCACUGACAGAUGGGGAGCGACGCCACUUAAUGAUGCUAAAACAAAAAAGAUGCAAGACUUAUUGCUAAAAGCAGGAGCAAAGAAAGGAGUUGAGCAAUUACCGUAUCAAGAACUCCAACUGGCAAAUGUAAGUGAUGAUCAGUACAGUCUUAUCUAUGCUGCUGCAAAUAAUGAUAUUUUGCUAAUGAAAGCUCUACACUUAAAAGGUUGGAAAGUAAAUUCCUAUGACUAUGAUGGAAGAACUGCUUUAAGUCUUGCAGCUUCUGAAGGCCACUUAGUCGCUGUCAAAUAUCUCGUAGUUCAUGGUGCUGAUCCAAGACAUAAAGAUGCAAGAGGAAAUGAUGCUUUAGCAGAUGCCAUAAGAGAAAAUAAAAAUGAGGUGGUUACUUACCUUAAGACUAUAUUGGAAAGACCAAGACUAUGA